AGGCAGAGUAGCGUCGCUUCACGCCGCGACGGUCGUUUGUCGCGCGUAUUGAAUCUCGCCCUUAUCUAAACAAAAUAUUUAUGUGUAAAAGAAUUAGUGGUUUUAACUGAAAUUUGCAGUGUUUUUCUCGUUUUUGUGUGUGACUUGUUAAGUAUAGGUGUACUGAAUAGUUCUGUGUCAUUAAAACAAAAGUUUUGCUAUCUGGGUGUGUUAUGGACGUGCAGAUAUAGUUGUCAGGUGAAACGGGCCGCCUUCGAGCAAAAGGCCGUGGACGAUGGAGACCAGAGCGGAUGAUGACGAGGCGCCAACAGACCCAGCGGCGAGGAAGCUCACACAUCAUGAUUAUACGGAGCAGGACUUUGAAGGCCACCGCGCCCACACAGUGUUCGUGGGAGUGCACGUGCCAGCCCGGAGACAUUCCCAUAGGAAGCACAAACACCAUCAUCGUAAUGGAGAAAAGGAUGUGGAGAGACCUGGACCGGGGUUAAUGUCGCGAGUCAGAAGGCUAAGCGUCACAGAUGACGGCGAAACAUUGACCCCACCGGCUCAGAGAGUACAGUUUAUACUUGGCGAAGAUGUCGAUGAUUCUACUCUAGAGUCGCACCCACUGUUCUCCGAAAUGGAGGAACUGGUUAAAGAUGGAGAUGAACUUGAAUGGAAAGAGACAGCCAGAUGGAUUAAAUUCGAAGAAGACGUUGAAGAAGGUGGAAACAGAUGGUCAAAACCUCACGUUGCGACUUUAUCAUUACACUCUCUUUUUGAAUUACGGAGUCUUAUACUCAAUGGAUCGGUAAUCCUGGAUAUGGAAGCUGGUUCCUUGGAACAAGUGGCUGAUAAUGUACUAGAUAAUAUGGUAGCCGAUGGUGGCAUAGGAUAUGAUUGUAGAGAGAAGGUCAAAGACGCUUUAUUGAGGAGGCACAGGCAUCAGCAUGAGCGACGGAACCAUCACAAUAAUAUGUCAAGGCUACCUUUGAUCCGUUCUCUGGCCGAUAUCGGACGAAACCAUUCAUCCUGUAAAAAUUUCCAGGAAGGUGGCUCUCGACGCUCCAGUUCGAGGAGUUGUCGGGGGUCCACCUCGUCUCCUCACACCGCUCUCCUUCAAGCGUCUGAUGCCAGAGGUUCUUAUCUGGCUGUACCAGUUGAAGAAGGCGGUUCAACCAGCGGACACUCUUACAAAGGAGAAUUCAGUCGUUUCCUAGGCAUCCCUAGUGCGGGUGCUACUCACGAUGACGGAAUGGUGAAAAGUCCCAGCAGUAUAUCAAUGCAAAGGAAUCAUAGCUCUGGCGAUCUUCCCAUGAACGGAGACAUAAAUCACAAAUGCAACACAAACUUCAUGAGGAAAAUACCACCGGGAGCAGAAGCAUCCAAUAUUCUCGUUGGAGAAGUAGACUUUCUGGAAAAAACUCUAUCAGCAUUUGUCAGACUGAAAACAGGAACGAUAAUGGGUGAUUUAACCGAAGUCCCGGUGCCAACAAGAUUUAUGUUCGUUUUACUCGGACCACCCAAUAGUAAUUCUAGUUUCCAUGAAAUAGGCCGAGCUAUGGCUACCCUGAUGUCUGAUGAAAUUUUCCAUGAAGUUGCAUAUAGGGCUAAGAAAAGGGAUCACCUCCUUGCUGGUAUAGAUGAAUUUCUGGAUGCAGUGACAGUUCUGCCUCCUGGAGAAUGGGACCCAGCUAUUCGUAUUGAACCACCAGCUGCCAUACCUUCCCAAGAUCCCCGAAAACGGCCAAACGAUAAUAAUCCGAAAGAGGAAUUGGAUGAAGAGGAGGAAGAACAAAGACAAAGGGAGGAAUCAGGGUUAGCUAGAAGUGGUAGACUUUUCGGAGGGUUAAUAAAUGAUCUCAAACGUAAAAUGCCCUGGUAUUGGUCUGAUUUUAAGGAUGCAUUGGCGAUACAAUGCGUCGCUUCAUGGAUAUUUUUAUAUUUCGCAUGUUUAUCGCCUAUAAUUACAUUUGGAGGAUUGUUAGGCGAAGCCACUGGAAAAAAUAUGGCUGCUAUGGAAUCAUUAAUAUCCGGAUUCGUCUGUGGAAUGGGCUACGGAUUUUUUUCAGGACAACCUUUAACAAUUUUAGGAUCGACAGGCCCAGUUUUAGUAUUUGAAACAAUUGUAUUUGAAUUCUGUCGUCAGAUCGGCUGGAAUUACAUGUCAUUCAGAUUUUGUAUCGGGACGUGGAUAACAAUAAUUUUGGUAAUUCUGGUAGCGAUCGAUGCGAGCGCGUUCGUCUGUUACAUAACCAGAUUUACCGAAGAAAAUUUCGCUACCCUAAUAGCUUUUAUUUUCAUUUACAAGGCGGUGGAAAAUGUAAUAUCUAUCGGAAAAAAGUACCCUCUUAAGACACGCCCCGAUGAAGCUCUCAAUUAUGAGUGCUAUUGUUUGCCAAGCAAUUACUCUAAAGUGCCGGAGCAGUUUAAUUGGACUUCGGUUGACAAAGAGUCUUGUCAGCUCUAUAAUGGAACCUUAGCCGGCGGUGGAUGUGAUACGAAAGUAUAUGUACCAGACGUAUACUUAAUGUCCAUUAUUCUUUUCUUGGGCACCUUCACAAUUUCGAUCAUCUUGAAGGAUUUUAAGAACUCCUUGUUCUUCCCAUCAAAGGUCCGCCAAAUCAUUAGCGACUUCUCAGUGAUCAUAGCCAUAUUAUCAAUGUCAUUCUUGGACUACAAAGUCGGCGUAAAGACUCCAAAAUUGGAAGUACCUUCAGAGUUCAAACCAACUUUACCCAGUAGGAAUUGGGUGAUAACUCCAUUCAGUGGCAAUCCUUUUUGGUCGGCAUUAGUAGCUAUAUUACCAGCUCUUUUGGGAACAAUACUGAUAUUUAUGGAUCAACAGAUUACAGCUGUUAUAGUGAACCGAAAAGAGAAUAAGUUGAAGAAAGGCUGUGGUUACCAUCUAGAUUUGUUUGUAUUAGCAAUCCUAAUACAGAUAUGCUCUGUAAUGGGUCUUCCCUGGUUUGUGGCAGCAACAGUUUUGAGCAUAAAUCACGUGAAUUCUCUGAAAGUGGAGUCUGAAUGUGCAGCUCCGGGAGAAAAGCCGCAAUUUUUAGGAGUGCGAGAACAAAGAGUGACGCAUAUUUUAAUCUUCUUAAUGAUUGGUUGUUCGGUAAUACUGACGCCUGUACUAAGCCAUAUACCGAUGCCUGUACUGUUUGGAGUGUUUCUUUAUAUGGGAGUUGCUUCGCUUAAGGGUCUACAAUUCUUCGACAGAAUCUUGAUCAUGUUCAUGCCUCAGAAAUAUCAACCUGAUCAUAUGUUCCUGAGACAGGUGCCAAUCCGUCGAGUCCACAUUUUCACUCUAAUUCAGCUGGCAUGUCUCGUUUGUCUUUGGGUGAUAAAAUCCUUCUCAAUGACCUCAAUUCUUUUCCCGCUGAUGCUUGUGGUAAUGAUCGGUAUAAGAAAAGCUCUCGACUUAUUCUUUACGAGAAGGGAGAUGAAAAUACUCGAUGACGUGAUGCCAGAAAUGACUAAAAGGAACCAAGAUGAACUUCGGGAACUCGGUGACGCUGAGGAUGCGACGAAGAGCAACCCGCCUUCAUAUCAAGAGAACUUGCAAAUUCCUCUGAUAAAUGGCAACAUAAUGAAUAUUCCGUUGACGUCAAUAAAUAUUUCGGAGGAAGUAAACAAGACGGGGAUUUGGAAGCAAGUCAAUAACAGCAACAAGAUGAAACGAGAUAUUAAAUCAAAGACGGGAAAGAAGAAUAACAAACACAAGAAAUUAAUAAUGUCCAAAAACGCACAAACUGAAAUAGAAAGGCGACUAUCAACAAUGGACGAGGUGGAAGAAGAUGACUCUUCAGUUAAGAAUGAGCACGUGAGGCGCAAAGACUCUUGGAGCAGUGGUAUCAGAAAGUCCGAUUCUAGAAAAGGUAGUACUUCGGCUGAAACUUCUGUUUAAAAAAUAAUGUCAUAUUAAUCAAUAUGUUAUGUAAAAAAUAAUAAAAUUGGCACAAAGUGUGUUUAUAUUAUCAAUUAUUUAAAUAGUAAGUAUUUUAUAUUAAUUAGUUUGUUUUUGUUAAAUGUUUCACUGUCUGUUACUGUGUUUAGUUAUAGAAAUAGUAGAUACCUAUUUGAAAUACCUAUUUGACU